UUUACAUUGUCCUUCACUACGAACUGUUAAAUUUCAAAACAUUAUAAAUCACCUUAUAGAACACCAUGAAGAUGAAGAGAUGAAGAUGAGAAAGAUUAUUGAAAAUAGAGGCAAAUUUAGAAUGAUUACAAGAAAUUUCUCUGGAAUAAUACCAAAUGAAGUGAAAUCAAUAAAUAAACACAUAAUUGUAGAAAGUGAUGAAUUUAUGACAAUUUCAGUGAAUGACAAUAAUCGAAUGAAAUCAUCCAAAAUAUCUGAUUCAACGCCUACAAAAUCAAAUAAAAUUACCAAUGAAAUUGCAAUAGAACGAGAAUAUCAAAUUAGUAAUGAAAUGACAAUAGAUGAUUCUGAAAUUACAAUAGACUCUCAUGACAAUGAAAUGGUAGAAGGACCUGCAGAUGAACCGAACGUUGUGACAGCUGAUAUCAUAAACAAGCUUCAAAGUAUGACUCCAAUAAUUGCAGAAAAGUUAGCAAAGGAUGGGUCAUUGUCCACGUUCAACGCCUUCCUGGAGCUACUAAUGAAAGAUGAAUUUCCACUGGACAAUAUUGCCUACCGAUGUUUCUUAGAUGUAGUGGAAUGGUUGCACAGCGACACCAUUAGCCAAUUUCGCUACCAACACCUCUUUAAAGCAUAUAGUUAUGGGUGUAUGAUCUGAUGAAACUCACGCUAUUGGCUGAUCCAUCCAUUUCCGUGUUAAAAUAUUUAUUCCAUGUUAUUUAAGAGGAAAUGUGAACUUUAUCAUGGUCAAAUGGAAGCUCAAGACCCUACCUAAGUAUAAAAAAUUAAAGUGAGUAAAAAUCUUCUAUUGUUUUUGAUAUUUUAAAGCUUUUUAAAUAAAACAGCACAUAUUAUAUCGCAUUUAUAUCUUUACAUCGUAAAAUCGAUCACAUAUACGAAAAAUGGUCAAAGUAAUAUAUAUUUUUCAAAGCAUAUGGGUGUUCUUGUGCCUACAAAACCUUAUUGAAUCACCAGUAGCGUGUAAUAUAAACACAAAUAAAUCUUUUAAAAAUAACCGUUACAAGAUAUUUGAAUUUUGCGCAUCUUGUCGAGUCUUUGAUCACCCACUUUUAAUACUAGGCGAUCACUGUACAUACAGUGGGUACAAUGAUAUCUAAAACAUAAUUUAUUCUUCCUUUUAACCUGGUUAAACAAUCAACAUUGUUUUUUUAUGAAAGUCUAGCAUAUUUAGAAAAGAUUGACAUCGAAAAAAAAAAUUCAAUUUUUUCAAAAAGUUUUUGUUACCUUAGUGACAUCACUAAUGUUUCAAAAUAUUUUUGAUUAGC